AUGUGGACUAAGGGGCAGGAAGAUGCAUUGAAGGCGGCUAAGACUGGACAUAACCUUUGUAUAUUUGGGAAGUCAGGUGGGUACUACCAAGUAAAGUAUUAUUACGUACAUGGUGGAGACAUGGUUAUGCUUAGAACGUGCACAAUUGAAAAUAAUUUUUGGAAUAUAUAUUUUUUCUUUUCCUACAACAGGAUGCGGAAAGUCAACCAUUAUAAAAGAAAUUAAUAAGACCCUUACGCAAAGCGGGAGAGUAUGCAAGAUUGUGUGUCCAAGUGGGGUAGCUUGCAAGGUUUACGAUGAAUUGGCAGCGACUGUCCACUCCUUUUAUGGGCUGCAAACUGCAGAAUUACCAGCGCCGUUGGUCAUGCAACAAUCACUUCAGCGAAACGAUGUUGUCAACCAGAUACAGUCUGUGGACGUUUUAGUUUGGGACGAGAUUUCGAUGUCAAGUUUACGGAUUUUCCACAUCGUAGAUCUGCUACAUCAGAAAGUUCGGAACAAUUCACUUCCCUUUGGUGGGAUACAAGUGAUACUAGGAGGCGACUUUUGUCAGCUAAAGCCGAUCCAAAGUUUGUUAGACCCUGGAGAUCCAAUCUAUAAAUCUGUUCUUUUAGGCACGGUUUUCCCGCAUAGAAUUGUUUUGGAAAAGAUUAUGAGGCAAAGUGAGUUUGAAGGGGAUUUUAAGAAAGCUUUGGACAGUUUACGAAUGGGGGUAUGCGAUGUUGACACGGAAGCAUAUCUUUGUGGUUUGUCAAGACGCUGUGUUGAUAUUGGAGACAACGUACCACCGCCUAUCCAUAUCUUUUUCAAGAAGUUACCUGUAGAAGUGCACAAUUCCUAUAUGUUAUCUUGUCUCUCAGGAGAAAUGUUGAAGUACGAAAGUAUUGACACAGGACGGACUGGCCUCUUGAAAAACACUGUCCCUAAGGUUUUAAUGCUGAAACGUGGUUGUAAGGUAAUGCUUUUAUUCAACAUUUCGAAAUCGUUAACCAAUGGAACUUUGGGCACGUUCAUUGAUGCAGAUCAAACAGACAGUAAGAACGAAAGUCUCCUGAUCAAAUUUCCCAACGUUGGAGUGGUUUCCAUUCCUCGGAAAACUUGGUACGCAUACAGGAAAGAUGGGCAAGUUCAAGCAUCUCGGACACAGUUUCCCUUGAGCCUCUCAUAUGCCAUCACCGUGCACAAAGCACAGAGUGCUACGCUGGAAAGUGCUGUCGUCCAUUGCAGCCAGGAGUUUGACGCUGGUCAAACGUAUGUAGCGUUGUCGAGAGUCAGAUCCGAAGAAAGGCUUCAAGUUAUCGGCUUCCAGAAACGAUUUCUGCUAAAGCAACCGGCGCAUAUCAAGCAAAUUCACAGCGCGCAGCACGGUGAUCCUGUCUCGUCAUUCACGUGUUGUAGAAAUAAAGUACUGGAGAGUACCAAUUGUGAGUUGGAUCGUGAAGAAGACCCAUCACUGAUUAACGAUGAAAAUUCAAUUCAGGUUGAUGAAGACCUGCUAAACCACGAAGAACUGAUUUUAAAAUAUUUUGCAUCAAACCAAGGAGUGAAACAAAACUUUAAUCAAAUUCUCCAACAUAUGACCAACGCCGAAGAAGAUUAG